AUGUGCCGUUGGUUUGCUUAUAUCGGCGAAGAGCCUAUCCUUCUCGAAGAUGUUCUCAUCAAACCAAAGCAUUCCAUCGUCAAACAAAUUGAUGCACAUUUUCUUCCAAACCUUCAUGUUACUUACGAUCCUCAUCUUCAUCAACGUACACUAAGCUCAGGUGUAGCAUCUGAUGAACAUGGACCAAAUCACUUUACAAACGUCGAUGGAUUCGGUUUGGGUUAUUAUACCGGCGUUGCUGCCGAAUUCAAUGGUGACAAUGUGAAUAGACCAUGUGUCUACAAAAAUGUUCGUCCACCACUCAACGAUUUCAAUUUGAUAUCGUUGUGUGCUCAUACAUCAUCAAAAUGUGUGUUUGCACAUAUUCGUGCUGCUACUAGUCUGUCAUCCGCAGUAGAAACUAACAAUCAUCCGUUCGUCUUCGGUCGGUACUUGUUCAUGCACAAUGGUAUGAUAUCGAGCUUCUUGAAAAUCAAAGUGGCUUUAUUGCAAAAGUUAUCAGAAAAAGCUUAUACAAAUAUAUUUGGAACAACAGAUACGGAACAUGUUGCUGCACUUUUCUUUACACACUUGGGAAACGAUUGGGAUACAGAGUUACCUAUGGAAACACUCAAGAAGACUAUGAUAAAAACUCUUCAGGGCGUACUUUCUUUGUUUCAAGAGACGACGAAGGAAAAUAAUGAAACACUUCUGCAUAGUUCUCUUAACUUCGCUGUCACAGAUAGUUGUCAAUUGCUUGCCGUUCGAUUUUCGUCAAUGGAAGAGUUUGAACCUCCUUCUUUAUAUUAUUCGACCUAG